AUGUUGCAGUAACACAAAACUCUUGUCUUCUUAUCAGUAUUUUCACUAAAAUAAACAACAAUAUAUUUAAUCAAUUGCUAGUGCGUAUUCAAAUCUAAAUAAACAAUAUUAGAGGUUUAAACAUGACAAUUCUGAAAACUCAUCUUUAGUCUUUAAAAUGUCUCAUCCUAAGCAGAUGCCCUUAAAAAUUGCUGUAGUAACGGGUGCUAGUUCGGGUAUAGGAGCCGCCUGCUGUAAAGCUUUGCUGCAGCAGGGCAUGAUAGUCGUUGGUUUGGCUCGUCGUCAAGAUCUAAUGGAACGUGAGGUGCUGGCUAAUAUACCAGCUGAUCAGAGAUAUCGUUUUCAUGCCUUAAAGUGUGAUGUUCGUUCGGAGAACGAUAUACGUCAUACAUUUACUUGGAUAGCUGAUCAUUUGGGCGGCCUAGAUGUGCUCAUCAAUAAUGCUGGUGUUUUGAAAAAUACCCAAAUUGUCAAGCCCGAUAAUACUGAAGAUUUGCGAGAUGUUUUAGAUACAAAUAUUUUGGGAGUAGCUUUGUGUACGCGUGAAGCUUUUGCCAUAAUGAAAAACUAUUGUCGUGAUACGGGACAUGUUAUUAUAAUAAAUAGUUUAGUGGGUCAUUAUGUACCCCAAUUGCCGGGUGUUAGUUUAAAUUUAUAUGCUCCCACAAAAUAUGCUCUAACCGCCAUGACGGAGGUAUUACGCCAGGAGUUCCUAAUGCAACAAACCAAAAUCAAAAUAACGAGUAUAAGUCCCGGUGCAGUUAAUACACAAAUACUGGGUGAAUGUUCAAAUUUACCGGCAGAAUACUCACUUUUGCGGCCUCAAGAUGUAGCCGAUGCUGUAGUUUAUUGUUUGCAAACCCCACCAAAUGUUCAAAUACAUGAACUAAUGAUACGACCUUUGGGUGGUACAUUUUAGUUGAAUAAGUUUGUUGUAGCUCAUGUAGUCUAUAUUUAGUAUAGAAAUUAUUGUUCCUUGAUGUUAAUGCUUUAGUCCUAAGAUUAUAUAAAUGAAUGUCCAAAA